AUGCUACUCUUUCGCGCCAUUUUCUGGCUUUCCGUACUCAUAGAAGGUAUUGAGAACAAGUAUUGGCAACUGUUAUCUUUUCCAUUACAGUACCAACAAUUGAAUCGGUGGAGAUGGAUUUGGGACUGAAAGACGCGUUCGAUUCGUUCAGUAUCGCGGAUGAAAUCAAAAACUUCAACCUGAAAGACCGACUCGCAGCCACGGAUCGCCACCACCUCGAACAAUUGAACUUGAUUCGUUCUUACGUCGGAUCCGGAUGGCUCCGAAUGAAAUUUGGCUCAGUUAUCGAUUGGAUUAUUGCGCUUUGGAAGGGUGGUCAAGCAGUUGUGCAGAUUGCGACUGCCGGAUGGUUCGCUGUGAAAAAGUUCGUGAAUAACAUCGGAAAGAGCUUUGGUAACAGGAACUGUUUUGUAAUGUAAAAUCCAUGGAAAUUUUCAGGAUUUUGGAAGAGAAAAAGAGAAGAAAAUGGAAACGGACAUGAUAAAGUAGAAGCUCAUAUUCCACUUAUAGGCCCGGCCUCCAAAAUGAACGAACUUGUAGGCAUAGUCUCCGUCGCCAUUCCAAAGAUGUCCUACUGUUUUGCAGCGAUGGAACAAGAGAUUGUCGCAGAUGUGCUACCGAGACAUGAAGCAUUGGAAAGGCGGUCAAGUGGUAACCUACAGAAACAAGACCUAUCGAGCGUUCGAGCACGGAAGUCUUUUCGAAUCUGCGGUCAACGACUUUUUCCCAAUUUUGAAAAGUGUUUUUGAUAAUGUUUGUGUAGACUGACUAUAUUAACAUUCAAUCGAACACUUUCAGAUCAAGGCGGUCUGGGUUUGUGCUCAGUUGCUUUUUACACCUGUUGACAAUCCCGUAGAAGAUCCCGCAGACGUUACAAAUCAUAUUUUCGAAGUCAGUUUCGAGUUUCUAUCGUUUUCUUCCUAGCGAACUGUUUAGUACUUGUUUGAUAGUUACGUCGAGGUCGGUUGCGGAACGAACGUCGAUGGAUCCUGGUGUCUGAUCGGGCCAACGUGAGAAAAGAUCGCUUUAGAAAAGUGAACGGAUGUCGGCAAGUUCAGACAUAAACCGGACGGCUCAUUAAAAGGUGUUACUCUUAUCACAACUACAAGCUCGUGUCAGGAAUGCGAAACUGAGUGUAUUGAACAUGGAGACUAUCAAGGGUUGUGCGAAGCGAGUCCCGAUCUUGAAGAACAAGAAAGACUCCGCAAGAUUGUCGAAGGAGACGUCGUGGUCGAAGAAGUCAUUGUGGAAGAGAUCAGUGUUCUCCCGCCGGAGCGCGUGACGUCUACAGGCACACUGAGAAUGUGCGCCGUUGUCUUUGCUCCUAUCCUUAUUUGCAAUUUUUUUUGA